GUUUUUCGCCAGCGGGUCAACGAGGCUAGAAAGCAAGUCGACGGAGUUCGCGUCAACAUGCUGUGGUUGCGGUCGCGAUAGUUUGUCGGUCGCGCCUUCAAUCCAUGCAGGAAGGCGUGUCCGUGCAUCAUUAUGUCUCUCUCCGUGAGCAGUAAGAACUGGAAGCCCUCGACAAAAGAAGACGGCGGGGCUCUCAAGGACCGGAGUUCUGGGCUUAGCCGGAUCCAGCGGCUUCGGCGCCGACUCAGCUGCAGCUUCGGACGACUUUCGCUGUCCAAGGAGGUGAUCCUGCCCGACUACGACACGGAGAACGAGAAUGUUGCCGUGACACGCGUGACAAUGAAUGGCUUCGAGAAGAGUGAAAGUGUGGAGGAUGGGGCUCUGGACAAUGCACGCAGCUCGACACCAAACAGCAAUGUAGCUGGCCGGGAGCCUAAUGGCAACUUGAGCCCAGUUUGUGAGGAUAAGCUUCACUCUGACCCCCCUGCACCCUUGCCACCACCUCGAACGUCCUCAUCGCACAGCUACCUCAACAAAGUCUGCAAAAUGGCUGCUCGAUCCGAAGCUUCAUCAGGCAGAAGUGGAGGCCACUGGCCACGGCCUGCUCCACACAGCAGCAGCUUUGAUGAGUGCACGUCUAUGGAGUACCAACAGAUGGCAACUGCCCGGAAACCUGCACGACCAAAAUCUGAAAUCUUCUUCUCUCAAGAGAAGGGACCCAAAGCGCACCGGUGCCCCUCCAUGACUUUUGAGGGAAACAUGACCUUUGGUAGGAUAGAGGCCUAUGUACGACUAGAACAACUAGGAGAAGGUUCUUAUGCGACAGUCUACAGGGGUUAUAGCAAUCUCAUGAGCAAAGUAGUUGCUCUCAAGGAAAUCCGGCUGCAGCCUGAAGAAGGCACACCAUUCACAGCAAUCAGAGAAGCAUCAUUGCUGCGGGGUCUCAAGCAUGCAAAUAUAGUGACCCUUCAUGACAUCAUCCACACUAAAGACACACUGACAUUUGUAUUUGAAUAUGUGCACACAGACCUUAGCCAGUACCUUGAGAAGCACCCCGGUGGCCUCAACCCCAAGAAUGUCAAGCUUUUUCUAUUCCAGCUUUUACGUGGUUUGUCAUACUGUCAUGAACGAGUCAUUCUUCACAGAGAUCUGAAACCUCAGAACCUUCUCAUCAGUGAACAGGGGGAGCUGAAACUUGCAGAUUUUGGUCUUGCCAGAGCCAAGUCUGUGCCUAGUCGUACUUACUCACAUGAAGUGGUCACUUUGUGGUACCGGCCACCUGAUGUGUUGCUUGGAUCAACAGACUACUCAACUUCACUGGACAUGUGGGGAGUGGGCUGCAUAUUCGUUGAGAUGAUAACUGGCGCAGCUGCAUUCCCUGGUGUCAAGGACACAACCGAUCAGCUGGAUAAAAUCUGGAGGAUCCUGGGGACUCCAACAGAGGAAACUUGGGAAGGUGUUUCUCGUUACAAGAACUACAAGCUUUAUAGGACUUGCCUUUCUAUGUUUUGUGUAAUUAUACUUGCUAUUAUAAUUGUUUUUUCUCAAUUUCAGCUUCAGCCACAAAACAGGAUCUCAGCUGUGGAUGCUAUGCGGCACAGCUAUUUUGCAGACAUGCCUCCCAAGGUGUAUGAUCUCCCUGACCAGGCCUCUAUAUUUACAGUUCCUGGUUGCAAACUUAGUCCUGAGACUUACAAUCUCCCCAUGUCUGUGAUCAAGGCAGCGGCCAAACUGCGAUGUUAGCUGUGAUAGAAUGUCUGCAUAGGCACCCAGUCUCCACCACCUGGGCGUCAGCACCACAAUAGUCACGCCCUUGGGUCACUUUGUUGAAACGUUGACAGGUUUAUCCCUGGAGCGCUUUUUUCAUUCCUGCCAACCGAAUGGGGCAAACAGAAAAGCAGAAACAGCUCGUCCACUGAACUCUCAAGUUUUAUGAGUGUCAUUGUGGUCUUGUUGAUUGCCUGCUGAAAACAUUUUUAAAGAGGUAACUUAUUUAAAGACUGCCGUGGCUUGCCAAUGUGUGUGCAUUUGUGUGACUGUGUGCUGAGUGUGUUUUGAUGUGUGAGCAUGUGUUUGUGUUAGUGCAAGCUGACGAAUCGCCCAUUUCUCUUCCCGUUGUGGGAUAUGUCUAGGGUGAUCACAUAAGUCUUUACAUCAUGCAGUAAAUGUCACUUCCUGCCAACUGCAGAGUAGAAAAUGUGUAACAGUUACAAGCUUUGUUUGCGUCCCACUUACUCGAUGCUUGUUGUCGUGAGCCUAGAAUUUAUCAUCUAUUGCUAUUUGUUUGUUUUUAUCACAGAGCACAAAGAAAAAACAAAAGCAAAAAAAGUUGUCUGUAGUCUGUUCUGAUACACAAGCAAUUCUUUGUAGGUGUUGGUGCAAACAGCAUGGCUCUUGAGUUUUUUUGUGUGUUUCCCCCCUUAUAUUUAAGUCCUUGGUGCUAAAGUCUGGACUUGAGGCGUUUGUGUGGCUUUGUCAUGCAUUUUCUAAAAUGGAAGACUGAGUACCAUGAAGCUCAGAUAAGGCACCACCUCAGGGAAAUUUUGGAGAUCUGCCACUAAUGCGGGGGUGCUCAGAUCUGUAUUGAUGAAAAUUGUCAUGGUAGCCAUGAGAAAAAAAUCUUCAUAUAUGGCUGGUGUUUGGUGACAUUUCACUCUCAUAAAGUUAACGUGCAGUUCAGAAGCAAUGUAAUACUAGCACCAUCAAUCAGAACAGUUAGCUGUAUGUGCCAGCUCAUUUUUCAGUUACAUCAAAGUGUGUAAAAUGAUAAAGUUUAUAAGCAUGAAUAAAUAGCUUAAAAAAUGAAAAAACUGAACAAAGGAUUAACUUAUAUAGCUGCGCGGCAACCUUUAGACACAGUUCCCAUUAUUGUGAUAGUUUUCAUUGUGAUAAGCACAGCAGGAACUUUUUUUUCUGAUUGGUAAAACGAGCAGCUUGUUGAUGUUGCAUGCAAGUUCCAUUUCUAUGUCAAAAUAUUUAAUUUCAAAUCAUGCUAUGAAAAAAUCAUCAGUUUGGUUCCACAAUUGCUGAAUUCAGUAUUUGAGGUUUAAUCUUGAUGCUGCUAGUAAUCCUUGUACUUCUUUUUUGUAAUUUUUGCUCAGAUCUUUUUCUUACUGCUUGAGUUUUUGUGCUCAGGAUCUUUUUUUCUAUUAAAUGGCAAUUUGAUAAUGCAGAACCAGCAACAUCAAGCAAACAACACCUGAUUUAUUAAGGGCUCAGCUUUGAGUGCUCUUCCUGUGUUCCUCACAUUAAUUCUGCUUAUUUAAGCUUCGCCAUACGGUUUACUUCAUACAUUACUUUAUUUGGUUAGUGAAGCUCAUUAGCAGUUGAUUGUCAGCAUAGUAGUGCACACCCUGUUGGUGUCACCAGCCCAAGUGUUUUCCUUCAUCACUGCACAGCCGUCCCUACCUUAUAAGCUCGCUUGCCAAUCUGUCCUUGGAGAGCAAAUCGAUCGAAUCUUUUAUAUGGGGCUGCUUGUGUUUUUUUUCUGUAUCUGUGCCGUCCGUGCAAUUUUCUGGGUUUUCUAUGCACAUGUGUGGGUACGCUGAUUGCUAAUUCUGCUCAUUGCCAUUCUGUGUGUGGGCUGUAUCCAGUUUUUGGAGCCUAUGAACUGCUUUAUUAUGCUAAAGAUAAGCAGCAUGAUUGCAUUUGCUAGUGGCAUUGCUCUCAAUCGAACACCCAUGCAUUUGCACACUUGAACAGCAUAACAUAAGCAGUAUUUGGGGAGGGUAGCCUAACUGUGCCUUCAUGGUACAAAUUAAAGACUGUAAGAGUGUGUGAAAAGGCGCGUACCAUACUCCGCGUCACUUCAUUUGCUUGUCUUUUCACUCAAAAAGUAAGUAAGGGGACAACCAUGGCAUGAUUAUGAGGCAUUAAUAUAUGGGUGACUCCAAAAUAAUUUGUGCUGAAACUCAGCCGCACUGUGGCACAGCAGUGUGCCUGGCUAGGUAUUAUGGCUAGAUGGCACGAGACCCCACCCGAUCUAAAGGGUGCAACCUUGUACAUCUAUCCAUCUAUCUUGGACGCCAUUUUUAAGGUUGUCACACAGCAGAAAGGCCAUGUUUGCUCCUGUGCUCGUGGUGGGUGUCGCGUGGUGUUCUCUGGCAUUUUGUGUGCUCGCUUGUUGCAUUUACAAUAAUGCGGCAUUACAAGUUUCCUCCACUACUGAAUGCUGUAUGGACUUGUAGAAAUGACUGGGCAGCAGCACGUUGUUGUUACGUGUUGAUAAUGCAACACAUGCAACCAAUCCUUUCACUCUGCCAUCCUUUUGCACUGCAGCUAACGAUGCAGCUCAGUGACUACGCAAAGUCCCAGUCUGACAUGGUGCGCAGCAGUUACAUCAUCAAAGUAGCGAAAUGCGGUGGCUUGACCCCUUGGCUCUAUCUGAUGACUUGAGUUGAUGGAACUAUUAAAGAGGUGCGAAUCCUCGCAGGCUCAUAGUUACGUCACCAGCGGUCUCGUAAAGCAGCCACGGGUGACAUUUUUUGACGUCAUUGCAAAAGUAGGCUGCAUGUAAUGUACUGCAUGUCAGCAACUGGCCAGCUUUUAUUUAGUUAUCCGUAAAGAUAGCGAUAGCGCAAGUAAUCAAUCGCUGACAUUGAGCCCAGCGGAUUACACCUGCUUACCGCUGUUCAUUAGAUUGGUAGCCAAUUACCAACAUACUCGUCAUGUUUUUUUGCACCUAAGGUUGUGCUCGUAGGAUCUAAUUGCGUAAGCUAAACAGUGAUUUAUCUUACCGCCGCUGUGCAGGUCGGCCACUCCCAGGCAUCAAAGGAAAAGCCGCAUCUGGAGUGGCUACUGAUUAAGGCUGACAGAGAAGUUCUAUGCGCGCACUUCAUGAGCUUAUAUUGGCGAAGCAUGCUCACAUGUUGAAGCAGGGCAUCCCGCAAACAUGGUAAUGCGAUUAAGGUCAUCGCAACAAAUUCUACCCAUAUAUAGAGCUCUGCGCCUUGACGACAGCUUCAAUGUGUGCGCUGUUCAGCAUAUAGUUGAUUCGACAAGCAUCAAGGUGCUGUUGCCUUGGCAAUUUUACAAGUCCAUACAGAAUGCAGAAGAGGAAACUUUCAACGCUGCAGUAUUAUAUAUAUGUUGAGCAAGAUCACACCACAUAACACCCACCACAUAAACACUGUGCAAGCAUGGGUCGUCUGCUGCUUGGAAACCCCCAAAAUGGCACCCUGCUCGGCGCAUCGCAGUGCUGCAUUGCAAGUGAGCUUCAGUGCAUACUCCCUAAAAUCGGUUGUUUCAGGAUGACUGCCAGUUGGGCGUGUUGGUAAAGGUUCAUGACGAAACAAGUGCUAAAAAUACACACACUCGGAGAGCACACAGACAAGCGCUUGUUUCAUCCAAAUGCAGCUGUAUUGGUCUCGAAUCAAACCUGUGUCUUCGAGCUCAAAUGAUAGGCUUAGCACGAAGAGAUAGGAAGAGAGCAUAUUGUAUUUUAAAACAAAUGACCUAGUUGACAUCAAGCACAUGAAUGAUAGUCCUGGGCACGCCAUGCAAUGCAAGUGACAGAUAAGUAAUGGUCAGUUAGAGGUAGGUUGAGUUACCAAUGGAUGGGAAAUACGAUAGAGGGUGGCAGAGAGUUAGCUUAGUUGAUGAAAUUAAAAUAUGUAUGUAUUACAUGCAAAAAGUGGAAUCUGCUCUUGCAAAAUGGGUAAAUUGGAGAUCAUUCAAAAGCUUUUGUCCUGCAGUGGAUAUUCGUUUCCGAAAAAUUGAGGAGGAGUGUAGAAUCACAAGGUUCAUAUUUUCACUCAUAUUUUCUAUUAAUAUGGUACGCACUCAAACCUGUUGUUUCGAACCUGAAUAUAUUGAAUUCUCUGUCAAACAGUCGAGCAGUAGUAGAGAAGGCGAGUUAUUUUCGGAGGCGAGUUAUUCUUGGGGCUAGAACAGGGAGUGUGCAAUCUUUUUGAAAGAUUUUAUUAAAAGCUCAUAAGCAGGGAAGUACAAGUACUGUACUUGCUUGCACUCCCCUGUACGCUGUGCUGUUUCAUAGAAAGGUCAAACUGUGGAAUGUUGGUGCACUGAAGUGAUGUUCAUGCAGUCCCUGGCAUCUUUACCUGCACACUGGUUAAAAAGCUAUUGUAAUAUGCUAUUGGGAUGUUUUUGCUCAUGGCACGAUGCACGCAGUGGUCCAUUUCUGCAUUUUUUUAUAACGGGGGCGUAUGACCAGUCCAGGGUAUUCAAGCUAUUAAAUGAGACAUAGAGAACCGCUGUUAUUGCCGCUUCCACAGAACAGGUUAAAGUGCUAGGCCAGUCAGGAAUCUUAUUUUA